AUGUGGCUUUUCCAUGCCUUUCCAGCUGAUCCAGUUGAGCUAAGAAAGCUCUCUGAUCUCUACCGUCAUGAUAAGUAUCCAAAUGCUCGCCCCAUCUUUCGAUCAAAUGGCGAGUUCAAUGUGGAGAUGGUUCCUGUCCCGAAGUACAUCCUUACUCAGCUGUGCGAGCUGUGUGAACCCCUCAAACUCGAACUAAUGUCUGCUCGGUUGAUCCAGCGGAUCCUCACUCUUCACUACAGAAUGACCUUCACGCGAGUGCCGCUUCCACCCUUUCCUGCACUUUCGUUGGAGAUUCUUCACUCGGAAGAUUUCUUCUCCUACACUGGGCCCCUUCUAAUAGUGGUUCAAGGUUGUAAUGAAAGUACUCUGGGUGUGUGGGAGCCCACUCAUCUAACGCAGGAGGGCAGUGAACCCCUCUCCCGAGGCCUCAAAACGGGCAGUCAGAUUGAAUUUGUGAAAUUGGCGCAUAGUCGAGGCUAUCGAGUUGCCUUCCUCAAUCUUAACUGUCUGGUAGCUGACACAUUGGUUCCAAAAGAAUAUUCCGUGCGUGCAGAUACUUGCUACUUGAACUGCGACAUCUUCCCCUCACGCGGAGCCUCUCAGCCCGACUCAGGGCCGUCUGAUCGGUUUUCUGCACUGGUGUACUUACAGCAAUCUCCUGCCUUCAUAUGUGAUGCGUCCGGCGUGACACUGGAGGAGAGAAUGGCCUGUGGAUGGGAGGCACUGCUGUCGCGUUGUCACUCCUCCAACAUUGUCGUGUGGGUGCACCGACGAGCCGAGGAGUCCUUCCUCUACCCUCUUUGUCCCAUCCCCCAAGGUCCCGGUCAACUACCUUGGUUGACGAAACCGAGAAAAUCUGAAUUGACGUCGAAUCCGAUGCUAGCCAGUACAGUGGUGUUCAACUAUCGAAUCCUUGUUCGAAGGCUCCUACCGUCGGAAUCAGCAGAGGUCAGCGACGAUGAUGGUAGCAGCGGUUUACCUCAUGAAUCGGUUGCCAUGACGCAUUCGCUGGGACAGCAGCAAUCUCCGGGCGGCGCCUCGUCCCCUUCUCAGGCGGACACGCAUAGACGCAAAAUCAUAGCCGCUUGGUGUGAUCGGGCCAGGACCUACUGGUUGAGCCUUCAGUCGAGGGUCAAGGCCGUAGCCUUCGUGGACCCCUGUCAAAUGUUCACGAAUUUCUCGCAGAGUGGUAUUGGCUGGGGCCUUUUCAACGCCGAGAUGGCACUGUCUACGCACUCUUCGCCACAGCAAGACAUUGCUCCAGUCAGGAAGUGGUUCGCACAGGCAAGACCCAACGCCAUUCAAUAUGUGCCGUCGAAUUUGAAAGUGGGAGAACCACUGCCCACUCAGCGUUUCCGACAGAGAAGUCUUCCCACGUUUUCAGCGGGCACCAAGGAGAACGACUUAAUUCACGCCUACGUGAUGACCGCUGUCUUAGAUUUCUUUGAUCGAAAGUUGCGCGAGGCUGCUACUGCCAGCACUUCACAGCCUUUGUGCUAA